CGAGUUUCCUGCGGCCUCCGAAUCGUCGGGCAUGUGUAUACCUCCUGUGCUUAUUUAAACGUUCUCGUCUCUACUUUUCGGUCGUUUCCUAACUGUAGCUUUCCUGUGUGAUAUGGCCGUGUGUUUCCGAGCGCUCAAGGGCUCUUUGAACAGUGCGUUGGGGACUGUGAAGACUGGCAACAUCAGGUCCCACACCGGUCUUCUGACCCUGAGCGCUGCAACGCCAUGCAAUUGCUAUGUAACCCUAACCUCUAGCCAAGGCACGAAGGUACUUGCAAGGCAUGCCGCUGUGUUGCCCCAAGUCCUGGGUGGCACUUCCCUCCAAACCACAUGCCACAGUUCGACUAUAUGCCUCCCUGCUGCACACUCACUGCCUGAGGUUGUAACAAAUGAUGUCAUUGCUCCAGAAUUUGUCAAACGGGAGGAACAAGCACCUUUCACAUUUUUUGAACUUCGAAGUGGGGAUGAUGAGACGAAGUCUUCAGGUGUAGUUUGCAGAGUGCCUACAACAGUCUUGUCUGGUUAUCUGGAUGCCUAUCCAUACAAGGUAUACUGCUUUGAUGUGGACCGGCGGGUGGCAGCAGAGAUGGCAUUAUCGGACUAUGAGCGAGAGGUGUUGCAGUUUGCGGGCACAUCAGUUGCUCUGAAAGGCGCAGGCAGUAAUGAGCAGCUACCGGAUCCUGGUCGUGCCACGGAGGAGCAGUUAAAGCGGAUAUCACGAGCCUUAGCUAAUCACUUGCCUAAUUUUUUCACUCAGCCACACAUCUACAACCUGUACAACAAGAACAUUGUCUUCAGGAACAACAUUCGUGGCAUCACCACAAGGGGCAUUACGGGCUAUGUGCAGCAAAUGGCACUAGUUCGCAUUCUGGGUCACCUACGGUAUGCCCAUGUGCAACUGGAAGUUCUCAAAAUGACAACUCACAAGGAGGACAGCACAGUGCGCAUACGGUGGCGCAUUGUGGGCGUGUCAGGCUUGCGUGCCCUGUUCAUGUUCUGGAAGUUCCGAAUAUGGGAGUGGCAGAAGAUGAUCUCUCAGGAAGCAGAGUGGACGGAUGGUUUUUCGGUGCUUAAAGUAGGAUCUGAUGGCCUUAUAUAUGAGCACAUUUGUGACAAGAUGAUGCCUGAUGAGGAGCUAGAAGAGGCGAAGCCAUCCAACGUGGCUGUAAAGCUUGCUUUGUUGCUGGGCCUGACACCACAGUCAUUUAGUUUUGGAUCACCGACGAUGUCCUCGAGUGAGAACAGCCUACUGUGACGAGUUUGCUUCUCCUCUCCCAUGCAUUUUGUGUGUGCAGUGUACAUAGCUUUAGGAACACAAGUCAAGACCUUUGUAGGCCAUGCCAUUUUUUGUUUUUCUUUCCUACCAUAUUACAGUGCGGUAUGGCUUUGUAGUUUUUGCAAAAGAAAGGAUAGUAAAGUUCUCAUGUGAGAGCAAUCCCUGUGAGUAGCAGUGCCUAGAGAACGAUGGCCCUGCUUCUGUAGAAUGCAACAGAGCUUUUGACUUAGUGGCUUGGAAUUGUAUAGUGCAAAGUGAUGAAGCAAGCACUUGGAGACCACUCUGAGAUCUUUUUGAAAGUGUUUUGUCAGCAUAUAGUGUACAUGCAUGAAAGGACUAUUUAUCAUAGCUGUCUGCCUGUGCUCGUCUUUUGUGCUGUGUAACUUUAAAUAUUGUGCUUGAUAGCUUGCAUCGAUCUUUUUUUUCCUCCCCAAAAUGCUGUUCACUGUGUGAUCUUUAUGCAAACAGCAAUUUAUUUGAUGGAAGUACAAGUUGCAUUGUCCUCUAACUUGAGGGAAAGUAUACUGGUUGGACAUGAUUUUAAUGUUGCUUCUAGGUUGCGGCACUUAGGAAUCUUGUAUUCAGUGGUAUGUCCACUAGUUUUUUUUGUGCUGCUCAUUUAUUGUUGUUGGGUGUGGUUUUUAUUUUAAUUAAAAUAAAGAAUGGCGCAAUUUGAUCAGUACACUUAUUUGCCAGCAAUAAAAAAGUUGUGCCCUUAUUGGUGAAAGUGGUGUGCGUAGUGUCCCCCCCCCCCCUCCCCCCCACCCAUGAAAAGACAGCAGUAGUGAACCACUGUAGUUUGUUUGCCACUAGGUUUUUGUGGUCAGUGCCAUGGCUGAAAAAUUGUGUUUUCUGCACUGUUUAAGCUUUGUGCAGAGUGAGCUUUCAAACUUUGGGGAUUUUGAGGUACUACAUAGACGCUGCCUCACAUUCUGGAGCUUCUACUUACAAGAUGUGGACUGUGGACAUAUGUAAUUUUGGGCUAACCAUGCUAUGUGCAACUUAGAUCACGAGACAGACUGUGGGGUGUUUGCAUUGUGGUCCAAACAGUUCUGAUCAUUCGAUAAACGUGAUAGUCACAACAGUACCUACUAAAUCAAAACAACUCAAUUGUAAAGUCUCGGCAUUGUCCCUCCCAGUUCCAACAUCUACAGGUAGCAAAAGACAACUGGCUACACAUAAUAACAUGUAGGAAUAAGCACCUAGAAUAGCAUUGUGUAGCGCUCACUUAAAGACGUGUCAGAUGCAUUCGUUAAGGUUUACCAGAAAUGUAUUGCACAUAUCCUGUUUUUGCCUUCUCUGUGAACCACUACAGCCACAGCAGGCAGAGUUAGAUUUUGUUAGGCCAGCCUAGGCGAAAUUGGGUAGCCUUGUUGCAUCAGCUCGCCCUUAUUGCUAUUUACAUGAAACCACUUCUGUAGGUUGGUGCUCGUAAUACUGAACAUCAUUGCGAGGCAUUAGAGAAUGUGUUGGCAGCAGUGAGCUUAGGCAUGUUGAGCAUUUUAAGAACAGUGUAUGGGCAGUGUGGUGGCUAGGUGUUGCAAUAGUGAUAAUUUGAUGACACGAAUGUACUGUACAACCAUAAUCACGCUGUCGGGAUAUGUAAGAAGUGCAGCAUUUUAUGCAAAGUUUUUGAUGUGCUAUGUUUCUGAGCUUUGCCUGUUGUGUCUAUCUUAUGUGCCUGGGUUUAUGUUGUUGGCUUAGAGCUCAGGACUUGUGUUUAGGAGCUUUAAAAACAUUGUACAAAGUUACAGCCCUGAUACUAUUAUUCAGUAGCUUCAUUUAGAAGAGGCAUAAAUGCGAUAAAUGUCAAAUUGCAACUUUGGUGGUUAUUACCAUGUUUGCAUGAUUAAAAUGUGAAGUCUUUUAAGGCAGGACUUGGCAUUGCAUUUGAAACUGUGCUUCAAAUAAUUUGCCAUCUCCCCUGUUCCCACAUGUACAUGAAAAAAAUAUGGUGAGCUCAACCACCAGGUACCUAAGCUUUCCAGAAAUACGAGUUUCCCAGUGACUCUCACUUUCACUCUAAAAACAGUUGCACCUUUUGGGGAGCCCUUUCUGUCCUACAACAUUUAUCUGGCUUGCUUGUGUUUCCUUUCUUGUAAACUCUGCACCCUCCACUUUCCUAUCAAGAACACUAUGCCAUGCUGAUUAUACACAUGCUGUUCGUGACCUGAAAGUACCAGCUGCAUGGCACUGAAGCAAGGAAAUACAUGCAAGAUGAUGAUUAUUAUUGUUGGACAAAAAGAUUCUGCAAGGGGUGUAAUUGUUCUCGGAGUGUAGAGAAAAUGCUGACAUAAAUCAGUGUGACGAGCAAGGCACAUUUCUACAAGUACCACAAAAGGAGUGCCAGCAUCAAAUGUAGUCCACAGAAGCCUAGUCCACUAUUGUGAGCAGCAUAUGCACAUGCUUGUCAGAUCAAACAACAUUCGUGUUCCACACAUAUUGCCCUUCUCAAUAUUUCUGGAUUUCAUCCAAGACAGUGUGUUGGAUGUACAGCAGCCUGUGUACAUGUGGCCUGGUGCAAAUGCUGGUAUAUGUAUUUUCACAGGCGUGAAUCACAGUCACAAGUAGUAUGCUGUGUUACUUUAAUGCACUCAUUUUAGGCCUAUUGCAUUACUGUUUUUUUUUUGCUUGUUGUAUUUGGAAAAUUUAACUCUUAAAUCUGUCCACUUGUGCGUGUAUUCAGUGGCGUAAAUCAUGAGGGGGGGUCAGGUGGUUCCUGAGCCCCUUUGUGUUCAGGCUGGGGGGGACACCACCUGCAAGUGUCCCUCCUUGUGAUUUAGCUUUCGAACAUAUUUGAACUCCGUAAAGCCAACUCCGGAAUCUGAAGCCCUUCCAAAGACCAGAAGCGAAGUACAAAGUGAAAGCAGCUUUCUGUUUCAAAAGGCACUGUAGAGCAAAGAGCCUUCUGAAAUGUUACCGGUUACUUCUGACGUGCUGCAAAUAUUUAUUAUGCUUGGCUUUAAAAUUCAAAGUAAAUAAAGAAUCCCCGAUCAUCUCCCGUUAUUUAUGUCGACUUUUGGUGGACACCAUUUGCAAUGAGUAUGAAUCCGAUUGAGGAAAAGUUAAACAGUGCAAAAAAAAGGACACAGAGAAAGGCGCACAGAUACAGCACUAUAUCUGUGCGCCUUUCCUUUCUCUGUGUCCUGUCUUUUUUGUGCUGUCUUAUCUUUCCUAAGUAUGAAACAAUCGACCCAAGCAUCCAUUUAACUUAAUCUGAUUGCUGGACUAUGAUUGUGUUAAUAAAAAAACAAUUACCCGUGAACAUGAACAUGCUUUACAAGGGAGUUUCCAGGGGUAAAUUGUAGAGGCUAUUUCUAACAGGUAUGUACGAUCGGGAAUGAAGCUGAAGUUUACAAAAAACUGUGCCUUUACAUGUUAUAACAAAAAAAAUGCUAGCAUUUUCAUUUGAUGGUUUAACCUGAAUGACAUAUUACAAAAAAAUAUGUUAGGCCCUUUCGAGUUACACUUAUAAACUAACUUCAUCAAUUUACAUUUAUAAAAUUGGCUGCUCAGUGCUGUUAGGUUAAUUUGAAGGGGUCAUAGCGCUAAACGACAAGAACAAGGAAGACUUGUCAUGUAACGCUAUGACGACUUCAAAUUUACCUAACCAACUAGCCAAAAAAGUCGUACUUUUGACUAUUAUAUUACACUUUCCAAUUCGGUGCUGAGACCCAUGCUUGUUUUUUUUUUUUUAAAUUUUAUUUCAAAGUGUGAUUUAGUUUUUACAUAAUUAAAAAUAAACCUACAUUAAAAGAGACAAAAUGGCCGCCAUGACGAGACGUGUGUCUCCCCUUGUGAUUUUUCUGGACUUACGCCACUGCUCGUAUUACAUUUGUGUUUAAAGACCGUGGUCAAAAUUUGAUUGAAACUGCACCAUGUACGAAGCAUCUAUAUUCUGUUUCAUAUUGUGUGCUCCUUGUUACUUUUUAUUCCUGUAGUGCCCACUGGUGUCUACUUGUGGUGCAGGAAUUAAAUUUCUAGAGUAUAAUUGAUGCUGCAGUGCUGCGUCUACAGUGUGUAUAAAAAUUCCUCUGUGUACGUCUGUCAUAUCUUCAAAAACACUGUUAAGGGUAAGGUGGUGCAGUUCUGCUUGUGUUCAUGGUGGCUGAUACACGGUGUUCAUAAACUGGUUGCGCACCUUACAUUUCAUUGUGUGAAAACAGCUUUGGCUCUCUCUUUUGUGCAGCACCUGCAUUUUUUGUAUGUGCACUAAACUGGCUUGUGAUUAAAUGGGACAGUGCUCUCUGGUGAGUUGCAUACAGCUGAUUGUAUGUUGUGCUGUUAAUUUGGACAAUUUUGUUAACCCCUGAAAAAGGGACUUAAGUUGUACAUACAUGUGGCACAUCUGGCCAAUUUCGCUACUGUUCUAGACGAAGGCACAGGAACACUUUAAUUAGCUGGAAUGAUUUACAUGAAGCUGCUCAAUGGAAAUUGUUUUGUGUUUGUGUGAUAGUUUGUGAGAAGGCUGCUGUAAUGUUGUCUGAAGUGAAAAAUCAUCCUUUCAGCACCUGAGGCAGAGAAUUCAAAUAUUUACUCUUCACGAACGAACUAGAGGCUGCAUGAAUUCAUAUAAUUCUGUCAUGACUGUUUAGUGGCCUGGGAAGGUAUUUUGUGAAAACAUGCUGCAAUGAGUGAGCGCUAGUCUAAACCCCAGCCUGUUUAUAGCUCACUAUGCAAUGCACAGUCUAGUUUGAUAAGCAGUGGUCCUAUAGCGGUGCAUAGUGCUAUGCUUGACAUAAACAUGUUCCUUUACUGUAAGUCCAUAUCUGCAUGCUCUUGUUUGGAAUAUAAAGCAGUUUCCUGGAAUAUAAGAAGUUUCCUGUUUUAGCCAGUAAAAUAAGUUGCCUUUGAUGGUUGUACUUGUGCUCUACUCUCUCCACCAUACUGCGUUUUCUGAUUCCAGAAAUGGUUGGCUAGAGCAUACUUAUUUCUCGCCGUAAACAUUUCAGGAGUGUGUGAUGUUGAUUGCAUUAUUGUAUUGGAGCAUGAUUAAAUCUGCAGUAAAUUCUUCAGCAAUAGUUGUGAAAAGUUCUGUUGUACGAAUAAAACUUAUUUUUCAGUGC